AAUGAAUUUAUCCCGCAUUGUAUCUAAUUCAGCAAAAAGGUUAUUUUCUAGCCGAGCACGCCCUUUACGAGUAUUGGGAAUAGAAACGUCUUGUGAUGAUACUUCAGCAGCCGUUGUCACUUCUGAAAGAGAAAUUCUAUCUGAAGUUAUUCGUGGUCAACAAGAGUUGCACGAGCCUAUGGGAGGCAUAGUACCUACACUAGCAAGCAAGGGACAUUCUCGAAACUUGCCUAGUGUUAUCUGUGAAGCUUUAGAUUCAGCCAAUUUAUCUGUACAGGAUUUGGACGCUAUUGCAGUUACUAGAGGACCUGGUUUGCCUCCUUGUCUUCCUGUAGGCCUCAAUGCAGCCAAGACAUUAGCUGCAGUCUCAAAGAAACCAUUGAUUGGCGUGCAUCAUAUGGAAGCGCAUGCUUUGACAGCCAGACUCACAACCGAAAACCCACUAAAUGCUCCUUAUCCAGCCUUUCCUUUUAUGACAUUAUUGAUCUCAGGUGGACAUACCCUCUUGUUGACAGCCAAUAGUAUAGGAGACUAUAAUCAAUUGGGAACAACGUUAGAUAAUGCAAUAGGUGAAGCGAUCGACAAGACUGCUCGCUUGCUCAAUUUGGAAUGGAUCAAAGGAAGACGAGGUGGCCCAGGAGCUGCGCUUGAAAAGGCUGCCUUGCAAGGCGAUCCUGGUCGAUUUCUUUCUCGCUUACCUAAGCCCAUGUUGGAGCGAAAUAAGUCAGUGAUUGCUUUUAGCUUUUCGGGCCUAAAGACAGCUGUUGCAAGGUUGAUUGAAGUGGAUCGACUUGUCGACUUAAACAAACAACAGGAUGUGAAUGAUAUGGCUGCUGCUUUUCAAUUGGCUUGCAUUCGUCAUUUAGAACAAAAAAUUACAUUGGCUUUAGAACAAGAGCUAAUUCAAUUCAAGAAGCCCUUGACAGCACUUGUGGUGAGUGGUGGUGUGGCGAGUAACACGUUAUUUAGAAGUAGAUUAGAGACCCUAGCAAUGUCAUACAACCUACCAUUAAUAUGUCCUCCUCCGCAAUUGUGUACUGAUAAUGGUGUCAUGAUUGCUUGGACUGGAUUAGAGCGAUUGCAAGCUGGUUUGAUUGACGAUUAUACCAUUACCACCUUACCAAAAUGGCCUCUUGAAUCAUUGAGGCAAAGAGAGUGAAUACUGAAUUCCACGUUACAUCAAUAAAGUAGCAUGCAACCAUGUGAUGUAGACUAAUCAUUCUUGGGAUUGACCCCUUUUUAUACUUCCAGAGAAGCACUGUUUGCAUAUAGACAAGCAUGUUUGCUUCGAUUUACUCAAGCCUAAAAAAAUCACAAGAGAGAUUAUUCACAAACAGAGAAGAAAAGUUUAUGUCCUUUAUAU